AUGUGUAUUACUGAAACUUGGGGUAUCCGAGGAGGAAUGAAUAAUUUACAGAAGGUAAUGUUAUUUUUAGUAGGAUUAGAAGUCAAAGGAUUAAGUGGAGAAUUAGAGGAUUUAGCUGAUUAUGAUGAGAUUUAUGAAACCCCAAUAGAAGAUUAUAAGAAAAAAGAAAGUGGAAUAAUUAAACUAACCUACCAUAUUAAUGAAGAAGCAAGACAUUUAACCUUAACCAAAAGAAUCGGAAUUGAAAAGAGAACUAUUAAAGACCCUGAUGAUGAAGAAAAGGAAAUAGUUUUGAAAGAAAUCAUUACCGGAAAAGACAUUGAAACAGGAAAACCUUUUGUGGAAGAUUGA